AUGGUGGUAAAAGAGCGGUGCCGACCACGUGGGGCGCAGGCCGCAAGUAGUACGGGGGCGUGCGGCCGCUCUCUCCCUCCCCCCUCCUCCCCGGCGAGGCAGGGGCGUGCAGGGGCCCAGCGGCGCUCGGGAGGGCGGGGCCAGCCGCGUUGCCAGGUUACCCAAUGGCUGAGCGGCCUCUCCGCCAAUAGCGGCGGGGCGGGGGCGGGCGCCGUGACGGCAGCGGGCCGGCGGUGGCCGGGAGGGCUCAGUCCCGGCGCGGCCGCCUGCAGCAUGGUGGCUCCCGCGGCUCUCCCCGCCGCCGGCCUCCUCUACUGGGUGGGCGCGCUGGGCGCCGCCUACGUGGCGGCGCGGGCCGCCUUCCGCCUGCUCGCCGGCCUGCGCGUGUGGGUGCUGGGCGGCGGCGGCGCCGCCGUGGGGCCGCCGCUGGGCGCCUGGGCAGUGGUCACAGGAGCUACUGAUGGGAUUGGAAAAGCCUAUGCAGAAGAGUUAGCAAGACGUGGAAUGAAGGUGGUUUUAAUCAGCAGGUCAAAAGAAAAACUAGACCAGGUUGCCAGUGAAAUAAAUGAGAGGUACAAAGUGGAAACAAAAGUUAUUGUGGCAGACUUUGGAGACAGAGAAGAUAUUUACAGUAGAAUCAAAGCGGGAUUGGAAGGCCUGGAGAUUGGUAUUUUAGUCAACAACGUGGGAGUUUCGUAUGUUUAUCCUGAAUACUUUAUUGAUGUUCCAGACCUGGAUGAUACAAUUGACAAAAUGAUUAACAUUAACAUCAUGACUGUUUGUAAGAUGACACGAUUGGUGCUGCCCGGCAUGCUGGAAAGAUCAAGAGGAGUAAUCCUGAAUAUCUCCUCAGCUGCUGGGAUGUAUCCAACUCCACUGCUGUCUCUUUAUUCUGCAACGAAGGCCUUUGUGGAUUACUUCUCCCGAGGCCUCCACGCAGAAUACAAGAGCAAGGGCAUCAUUGUGCAGAGUGUCCUACCAUACUAUGUGGCAACGAAAAUGUCUAAAAUCCGCAAGCCAACUUUCAGUAAGCCCAGUCCUGAAACGUAUGUAAGAGCUGCCAUAGGCACAGUAGGCCUGCAGUCGCAGACCAAUGGAUGCCUACCCCAUGCACUCAUGGGCUGGCUCUUCUCUUUUCUACCUUCACCUGUUGUCAUGAAUUUGCUCAUGAAAAUAAACAAACAAAUACGUGCUCGUUAUUUGAAAAAAAUGAAGGAAAAGUAAGUUGCAGGCAACUUGAUCUUGGAAGUCUGGGACACCUACAGGUUCCGCACCCAUAUUUCAGCACUGAGUAGACCUAAUGUUUAAAACAUUUUCAAUUGUAGGUAUAUUUUCUACUAAAACAAAACAGUCCCAUUUUGAGGGCACAGACAAAAUGGGAUUCUUCACUUCCAAUAUGAAUUUCAAAAUAGGCUUUAUUUGUUUAUAGAUAUGUUAUGGAGGGGAGUGCUUCGAACUAUAAUUACACUGUGCUUUAACAAAUACUUAAUGUGGGCUUGAUCAGACAUUGCCUUUUGGGGGAACAGCUUAGCUAUGUAGCAUCCAUCAAGUCUGUGUGCUGUGUGUGAUGAAGGGAAGAGCAAUAGUAGUUCUCUCUUCCAUGUUGCUAGAAAGAUGGGAAGGAAUGGGAAUAAAGCAUAAUUAUUUAAAAAGACAACCUGACACUAUUCACAGAAUAUAACUUCUACCCAGUUCAGAUUUAGAGCAUCUACUGUCGUUCUGAAUUGUCAGUGCUGCCCCCUGGUUACAGGCUCCACGCAAUAAAAGCAGCCCGCCUUGGGCCAGUGCCGGAGGGGAAGAGCUUUGGGGCAGCUUCUGGACUGUGUAGAAGUAAAUCUGUCCAAUAAAAAUAAUAAUAAUAAUAAUAAUAAUAAAACACCCAAUGUUUCAGGCUAGUGUGUCAAUUUUGUUGUAACUUAGAAAGGAUUCACCAAUUCAUGAAGUGAUCCAUAAUCUGAUUGUUUUGAAAGUCCCUUCACAGCGCUUACUCCCUCCUAUAUUGAAAUAAGUUCUUGCACCAAAACCUGAGUGAUCGUUUAGAUGAAAGGGUUCAGUUCAAACCGUUCAAAAGGGUCCAGUGUGACUUUUUUUGUUUGUUUUUGGUUAUGAACUGAGGGGAAAAGGACUAAAAAAUGUGAAUGUAAUUCCUCAUCUAUCUAUCUCUGUGUGUGUAUGUGUGUAUAUAUAUAUACAUAUAUAUAGUGUGUGUGUGUAUGUAUAUAUAUAUAUACACACAUAAAAUAUUACUAAAAGUAUUUGCAUUCUUGGUUCUUGAAUGUGGAUUCUAACUUUGCAGUAAUAUGUAAUCUUUGAUUUGUAAAAACAGUUAAAGUUCAGUGCUGCUCUUCAUAGUAAAUGGUGAUGACAAUGUAGAUAAAUGUUACAAGUUGUGUGCUACUUGUUGGUUGCUAUGGAAAAGAUUGCUGGUACUUUAAAUGAAGAGCUUGAAAUGGGUAACUCUCCCUGUUAGCAGUGAUGGUUAAAUUCUUUCUGAAGUACGUAUCAGUCUGUCUUCUGGUGAGACCUUUGAAAUGAGAAUCCUGAAUAUAGAAUAAUUAGUACCUGUGAAUUUCUAUAAAUGCAGGACUUAUUAUGCCAGUCAACUGAGUGCUCUCUGAACUGAGAAAAAUGGAGGAGUUGGGAUGUAGAGUGACAUGGAUUUAAUGAAGUUGUUUAAAAUAACUGAUUUGUGUCAUAGCUCUAUUCCAAAACCGAGUGCUCCAGUGAAAUUGAAAUUAUCCGGCUCCAAGAGGUAGGAUCAGAGGAUAUGAGAAGUCUACACUGCUGUUAUCUGUGUUUAUGUGCUCCUUUGAAUAAAGAUUUUGGUCUCUUAACAUUCCUUCUUAUGAAUGCAAAAUAUACUAAAAUUUCAAACCAAUUUAAACUGCAAAUCGCUAAGUUUUCUGUGGUGACUGCCUUUGGUUAAAGCCUGGAGGUGGUUUUCCAUCCCAGAAAGAAAUGUUUCAAGCUCUGAUUUUUUUUUUAAAAAAAAAGUUAAAUAUGUUGUACUGAGACAAGAUUAGAGGCUAACAUUUCUGUACAUUGAAAAUACAUGAAUACCGAUGCAAUGGUGCUGAUCGAAUCUGAGAUGCAGAUCCUGUCCCUUAGUUUGCUUUAUUUUUUGGAACAGGGAUGGUGAAGGUGGUGGUGGUAGUUCUGUAAAAGCGCAUUCCGUGGCUUGCUCUGGAGAUACGGAAGCAUUGGGUUAACCAGUCUGUAUGUUCUUUGCCUUUGUAAGACACACACAAAUAAAGCGGGUUUUACUCUGAA